AUGUCUUUGCCGGUGAACAAUCAGACUUUUUCCACCUCGUCACCGUCGUUGAUUGGCUUCUUUGACACCCCGGCUGCCUCCGCCUUGGCGGCGCCAGUCAUGGUAGCGGACACGGCAAUGCUCAAGGCCCGACUGACGGCAAUUGUCAACGAUGUCCAAAUGCCGAACCCAAAGGAGGCUCAGAAGUCCCUCUCCGAUCUCCGUCUAUUCCUUGACGCGGUGGCGGAGCAGAGCGGAACGCACAUCCAAAACAUAUUUGGCCAGCACGUCACAAACAACAUUCUGUUUGUUGUUAUGGACAGCGUGGUGAGGCCGGCGCUCACGCAGUACUGCAGCGCCGCAGGAAGGCGGCGGUCCAUGGCGACUCGUGCAGCAGGUCGCGGUGCGAAUGCCACGUCCCGACGACAACAUGAAUUGACGGCGUUGGCCGCUGCGUCAUCUGCCUCUUUGGUCGCCGAGGAGGAGUUGGAUGCGCUGAGGAAUAACAAGGCGAAAAAACUUUGCACGGACGUGGUGCGGCCUUGGCGCGCGCUUGUAGAGACUCUUCAUCACAACUUGCCUUCAUCGUUACUUCUCGCGCAGGCGUCAUCGUCACUCGGGACGUCCAGCAACGCAGAUAACGAGGAGGCGCGCAUGGCGGCAGUAGGGGCAGCAGCAAGCGGCACACGCGGGGGACAAGGCGGCCAUGCAGAGGAGGAGUCGGCCGCGUCGAACGCCUUCGACGGUCAGUGGAUGACGUCGCGAGCAGCAGCAAACAGAACUGAAAUGUCGUCUGUGGCAGAUUUGCUCUCAACACGACAUCUCUGGGCGAGGACAGCGAAUCAUACUUCCCUGCCACUACUGUGGAAAAAUGCCGUGCCGCUCUUUUCCAUCACUCGUCACGCGUUGGAGGUUUUGCAGUCGGAGGUUCUGGUGGCCGUUUGCGGUCAAGAGUACGCCAAACUCCUGCUUCAUCUUUUUCUAUUCAACGGCUACCUGUCAAAUCUGCAGCCAGGGAUAAUUAUGGAGCUGAUUAUGCGACUUCUGGAAUUGAUCGAGAGGACCGUUUAUGAAGCGAACAGCACAGACACCACCGUUGCCACUUCCACCAACAGGACGUCGUCGCCGUUAUUGGCCGAAAUGUCACCGCACUCGGAUGUUGGCAACCAGACGCGUCAUGGCGUGGAGGGGCACGUUGAAGACGACGUUUAUCAUCCACAUGUGGAGCAGGGCACAACGUUUGCAGCCUUGCUGGUUCAACUCUUCCGUGCACCGCAACUUAUGAGUGCCUUCACGCCAUUUGAGGAUGAGGCGACUUUACUUUUGUCGACUUCCACAGCAAAUAAUGGGACGAUGCCGUUUAUUAUGCAGCGACUUGUGCGUCUGACGACUCAACGCCACAUGCGUCCGACUAGCGCACUACGUUUGGAGACGCAUCUGCUUAUUGCAUUGAAGCUUCUCGUUACUGUGGCACGGGACGACUGCCCAUUGACAUCGGCCAUGCCCUUGGAGCUGGUGAGGCCCCUCUGUCAUUUUUUUUACACCACAACACGCCGAGACGGGUGGCGCAUGGAGGCACUGACGUUCAUGACAACACAACUAUGUGUCUGCUUCUCAGCCGUCUUGGGGCGGAGCGUGCGAGCAGACAUUGAACGCCACCGACCACAUGGGGUACGAUGCUCGCAGGAAGCAGCGCCAAAUGAAACAAAUAAUGAAAAGGGCCUUGGUGGCAACAUGAGCGAAGGCACGACAAGUGCGUGCGAUUCAGUUCUUGUUUCUCCAUAUUCUUUGACAUUGUUGCAUGAAACCGUGUUGCCUUUUAUGCUGCAGCUUUUUAAAGUUGUCCGCAGUGAGUUUGGUCACGUUUCCCGUCGUGAGUUGUUUCACUUUCCCUGCCCACCACUCGCCCCACUUUUUGAAUUUGGGGCUGUGGUGUUUUAUCUUGCCUGCUCCACACACGAAGCCUACAUGAAACUCCCAUCCUUGUCAUCGUUCGUCACACCUGCUGCCUCUCCUGCUCCUGCCGCCUCUGCCAGUGUAACGAGAAUACCGACGGUGUCCGAUGACGCAUUAUCGAAGCGUGUCUUUGCGCAGGAGAAGCAGCGGGAGCAGAAGGGCAUAAAAAGAUCACGUGAGGAGGAGGAUGUGAUGGGUGAAAAAACUGGAGAACAUUCAAGACGGAAAAAAAGGGAAACACCGCCUCAGCCAGGGGAGACGUUACUGCAAUUGUUUCGUUCCCUGUUCUUUUUGGAUAGUGUAAGUGAUGAUGCCACAGCCGGAACGACAGGGAAGACACGGGGCACAGGGGGGAAAGAUGAUGUCGGUAACCUCACAGAGAAAGAUACAGAGACAGAGAGGGAUACGGAUUGUCUUUUGCGGGUGAGUGCUGCGGCGGGUGGAUCGCUGAGUGCUGCCGCCGUACAGGAUCUUGUCAAGGACGGUUCCCUUUUCAUGCUGCAUCUUCUUGCCCAUCCUGGAACGACACUUGGAUGUAGUGAGAGCCAAUGUACACUACUGGUGGAGCAUGGUGUCCUUCCUCUUUUUCCAUAUUACGGUGUGAGGCUCGAGACACUACUACUCGCGGUGCUUCUUGCCGUCACCCCGAGGGCAUCGCUCAUGUGUCAGCAAGACGUUUUUCGCUGGCUUGUUCGUCGUUACAUGCCUACCGUAACAACCCAGCGGGAUGAUGAGAGUCAACCCAAGGAACAUGUUUACCGACUACUCUCCGUCUUGUUGGGCCGUGGUGUUGUGGGGCGGUGGCCGCUGUGGAUAAAUGGCGAGGAGCGUGCGAGAUUACAAGCCGCAGCCCACUUCAGUGCUAUUAGCACAAGGAUUCGCGCCGUUCUCUAUGGCUUAUCCAAGUCAUUACCGAAGACGGUGGCGAAUGUUCCGCAGCACACAGCGGCUCUUCCGCCGGCAAUGAUGGCCUCGUUGAUUGCAACGGCGACGGCUGGUCAUCGGUCCAAGACUGGGCUUUCCACACCACUCUUUAUGGCAAUGCUACAGUUUUUGUCCUUGUACCAACACUAUGGUGCAAUCUCCGCAGAGAUCAUUGCCGCUCAGCGUAUGGCAAGGAAAAAGCACCUGCCUGAGGAUGAUCUUGAUGCCAAUCAUGUCACCACGGCGCUGAAGGAUCAUUCUCUACCGCAUCUUCCCUCAGCAGCGGUGUGUCUUUCAACUGGUGUGGCUUUUGUGAUAUCUGGUCUCUCGCAUGCCGUCUGCUUUCUUCCACACGACGAGAGUGUUGUCUGGCGUCACGACACAGACACCGCUGCUGCUGCUUCGACAUGUUCUUCCAGUUUUAUGCAGGCCCUCUGCUGGGCCGAAGAAUAUUUACUUGCCGCCUGUUUUACAGUGACAGAGAAUGAAUUGGGGUGGCAGCACCUCCCAAUUGCCGUGGGGGGAGCCAUGAGUGAUCCCGCAAAAAAUAAAGAGAAUUCUCGUGGACAUGGUGGCGGUGGUGGCAAGACGGCGGCAUCUUUGCAGCGAAUGAAACAACUCUUGGCAAGAUCUCGUCACGUCAUGGAUGCGAUGUUUAUUGCACCUGAAAAACAUGUGCCUAUUACGGUAUGUGACGCGGUGGAGGGACAUUGGUUACUGCUGCACGAGUUUUUUGCCUCCUCUACAGAAGAGCCACUGGCAGGGAUAGACGCUGUUCGGACAGAAAAAAAAGGAGUCGGUAAUGUCACUAAUGAAGAUGAGGAAACCGAUGUAUCGGAGUUGUUUUUGGGACGAUUGCGUCGUGGCGAUGUGCCUCUGGGCUUUGUAGAAAUUCUUUCUGGAGAAGUUAUGCGUGCUGUUGGGGAACUUGCGGAGCGGGCAAAAGUUAUCGGAGCCGCAUGUGUCGGUCUCGCGGGCGGGUCUUCGUUGCAACAGCCACCGUCACCGCCGUCACAACAACCACAACACCAACAAAAACAGCGUGAAGUGGACGAAGAUGCAGUGGCAAUGGCACAUCGAACGCUCUGUAUACAUGCUGUACAACUGAUGCAUUUGCUUCUGCGCCUAUUUCGGCUCGGCAUUUGGCAACUCCCUCAAGGGCAUCGUUCAUGUCCAAAAGGCUGCGAGGGUUCAAACAGUGACAACACCAAUAAUAAUAAUAAUGAUACUGAUGAUAGUAACAAAAUUGGGAAAAACUCCAGCGAGGAUGAUCUGUGCAUAUUAUCGGAUAUACCACAUAUGCAGUUAUUUGAUCAUCCUUUGUCUAUACUGCGUCGACUGUCUCCAGAAGGACGGCUGUACUAUGCCGUGAUGUGGAUUUGUAGGCAUCUUGCUACCCGACUGCUGCGUGGUUCUGUUGUACGGGAUCGUGUACUGAUGCGGUCAUUACUGAUACUCUUCCAUGAUGUGGGUACUGUGCUCUUGUCUCAGUCUUUUGCGUUGUGGGAGCCGCGACAAGUGGUGCUGUCAUUUGUAGGCGUUGUGUCUCGUCGUGCGCUGGAUGAGGGUCUUGUGAAGCUUGCAUCGUGGCAACCAACAAACGUGACCUCUGCGGAUGCGGUGGCAGCUGUUCAUGCGACCAUGCGGCUAAGCUGCAGUUUGCUUAGUGCAGUUCUCACUCUUGUUCGCCGCACACAUGUAUUGGCUGCCUCGGCUGAUCCACUUGUCAUCCCGGCGCGUGUCACGGCAGUUAUUCUCCAUAUUCUCGAGAAGGAUGGUCUUAUCCCCGCCACUAUGGAGGCACCAAAGGGCCACAGAAGUGAGCACUUGAUGAAUCACGGAAGUGAGACAGAGAUGUCUUCCACGCAAAAUGUAUCAAACUUGAAUCCUUUCCUUCCCUUUUCACUUGCCGUCGUGGAUGCUGUGCUGGGAUUAUUGCAGGUGCUGCAUGAGGCCUAUGGUGACACGCAGGCACGGCUGGCGGCACGUCAACUUCUUGAGACGCUGUUUGCACGUUACAGAUACAGUCUGGCGGAGAGUAUUUUCUUGACAUUUAGUCAUUACGCACCGCCGCACCAUGCCGUUGUAUCUUCAACGGUCGCCGAUGGGAUAAAUUAUGAUGAGGAGAGUGAAGAGGAGGAAACGAUGAGUACGAAUACAUGCAAUAGGGAGGAUGUAGAGGAAGUGGCCCACCGAGUGGGACAAAAUCUGCAGACACCGGGUGGUACCAUGCGGAGGGGAAAAGAGAAGAAGCGAGGGAGAAAUGCUCAUGACGAUUUCCUUUUUGAAGAAGGGCAACUGCUCGAGGUGUUUGUGGACCAACUGACAGAUGUCUCACGGAAUGAUAUGCCGGUGUUGACGCCGCAGCUACAAUGCGCAGUGCUGUCCAGUAUUUACGGAGUUUUAUUCCGUUGUGAGUCUUCGGUGGCGGAGAAGCUUGGGAAGUAUCUUUUUUCGUUUCUUUCCAUUAAAACCGCAUAUGUUGUCCGAAGACACACGGCCUUGCAGGUACGGUGGCUUUUUAAUCGUUUUACUCAUCGGACGUAUGCUGUGUUGCAGGAGUUGCUUUAUCGUGCACGUGAAGGCAUCGCCUCUAUAAGCCCAAUGCAUUCAGCGACGAGUUUGCGCGCCCUCGGCGAGGCGGCACACGCAGCACCCAUGCUGGAGGCAGACAUCAUCUGUACACUCUUAGAGUGCUGGGCCACGCAGGGCUUUGCUCACAAAGGCCUGCUUUUGGAGUGUCUUGAGUUUAUUGGAAAAAAUACACGGUUGCGGGAGAGGGGCUUUGCCACGGCGACCGCCAUGACCGGAACGGCGGAAAGUGAGACUUGGAUGAGCGCGCAGGAGUUAUGUCACUAUCACUGUGAGCGACUCCUGUUUGACUGGCUGUGGCGUUUGGGCCAUCCAAUGGAGGCGUUUCCUGUUGUCUGCUUUGGCUACGCCGGACUGCAGCAAAUGUGGCAGGCACUCAUGCCUACUUUGCUCCCAUUGGCGUUGCUUUGCAGCGCACGACAGAAUGGUGCGGAGGGGACGUCGGUAUUUUUGCAUCCCAGUGAUCUGCUCUGGCGACUAGCCGCAUGCCACAAACGGUCUGGGGAUGCGACGUCCAAUAAUUCACGAACACGUGAGUUAUUGGUGGGGUGCGUUAGGGCUUACUUUCCGGACGUCAUGGCACGGCUUCUUGUUUUUGCGGCACUCUCGAAGCGUCAUGGGAGAAGCGGUGGGGUCGGAGAUGUACAGGAGAUUGCUGAAGCCGCUCGUAUUGCACUCGAGUGGAUGGGGUCGACAUUUUCAACCGAAUAUGUGCCUUUUGUUCGGCACUACGCGGAUGCCAUUUUGUGUCGGCUUGUGGAACUUGUGGGCACCAUGACGCCAUUUGUGCGAGUGCGUCCCCUGCAGGAGGCGGUGACAAUGCUCUGUGACAUUAUUGCCAAUGCCCCCGGGCUGCCGUCGACGACAGGGCCAGGUGUAGGCAACACAGCACUGGACGAUUUUCAUCAUGAUGAUGAGCUAUCCUCAUUGGCAACAAUGACGACGGUGGAUCGCUUCUUUGCAAGUGAUGGCGGGGACCAUGCGUAUGUGCUGCUGCAACAGCUGUACGCUGGGCUAACGCACGACGUCCAUCGUGGAACGAGACAUACGAUGCUUGCAUUGCUGUUUGAGCAAAUUGUGAGGCAUUGGUGGGGUCGUGAGCUCCUGCAGCGCGUACCACACAUUCUUCACACCGUGCUGCGCCUUUGUGGGAAUAUCCUCCUGACGUGUGUCGAUGUCCGUGCGCGUGCAUGCAAUGUCCUUUUGUAUGUAUGGACCCAAGCGGUGUCAAAUACAGCCCAUCUCCUUUCCUCCUCGUUGCCUACACGAAUUGUUUCUGCGGAUGAGGCGUUUAUUUCAACCGUCAUGUUAACUCUUGCGGAGGACUCGCGGGUUGUUGCAUCGACCUGGAACGCCAUCUGUCGGGCAGACGCCACGCUGGAGCAGCAGGACUGGAAGUUACAACAUGCGAGGUACACCGCGGAGAGUUUUGUGCAGAAUGAUGACGUGGACGAGCAUGAGGUGAUUGUCAUCACACCGGGGGCUAAUGAAGAGGCGGAGGAACAUCAUCGUCAUGUAGAGAAAAAGGGUGAGGAAAGUGCAUGCUUACACCUUGAGAAGAAUGACGGGCAGACUCUUAGCGUCAUGGAAGCCAUACGGCAAGUGACACGUAUUCUUCCAUUAUUGAAAAGUACCGUUCAUGUUUCUGGUGCGCCAGCAUCGUCAUUCUACACGGAUGCAGCGGCUGCUGUCGAUCGUGCACGUCCGGCCUUUGUAAAGCUGAUACGAGUUCAUAUACGCGAAGGGGAGGCGCAGAGCAAAUUGCAGGGACGUGUGGGUUUGAUGAAGAAAGAUGAAGAUGUCGCAAGAAGGAUACAAACGGUGUAUGAGAUGUGCUGUCGUGCAGUGCAGCAUUUGUUAACUCUAGUGUGCAUGGGUGAUGCCUUUGAUUUGUCUUCGCAAACAAUGAUGGCAACUCCAUUGACAAGGAUGAGGACUACGACGACGCCUACUACUACCACCAGUACAGCUUUUAAGUUAUUACAGGAAACAACUCGGGAAGUGCAAGUAAGUGUCUUUCGUUUGUUACGUGCAUUGUGUUGGUGCUUCAUUGAGGCCGGCGCGGAGGGUCACGUGGACGCACUGUUGUACCCCGUUGGUGCCAUGCAGCGGAUGUUGCAAGGGUGGCCCUUUGACAAGGUGUUACAUUGCGUUUAUCGUCAACAUGUGGAGCAGUUGUACCGUCUUGCCUUUGACGUGGAUGCUGACGUCGCCCGCGUUGCUUCUACCACACUCCGAGGCUGGCUGUGUGGCAUCACCACCGACAAUAACGGCGGGGAAGCCAUCGGGGAAGGAAUGGAUGGUGCCUCAGAGAAUGUGAUCAUGUCAACAAGGACGUGUGCGGUGGCGUCGAUUACGCAUCGUCGCCGUGGCGUUGGUGAUGAGGGGGAUCUCAUUAGACGGACAUUGGAAGAAUUCAGUGGAGAUGAGACGAAGCAAGAGGGUGAUGUACAAAGGGCAUCGUCUCUACCCCCAGAAGAAAAAGAAGAAAAGGAAGGAGACGUCAAAGGGAGUCAUGCCUCAUCAGUUAUUCUUCUGAAGGACAUCCUCCCCUUUCGGCGACAGCUUUUUGAUGCUCAGCCGCAGAAACAUGCGACGGUUUUAGUGGAGACGUCGCUGAAAGUGGCAUCGUUACUGGAUGAGGUUGUGUGGGAUGCCCUGAGGGUGCAUGAAGAUGAGUCCCAGUUUCUGCGUUUAUUCCUGGUUGCCCUGAUUCGGCAUUACAACUUGCACCAUCGAUUUUCGACGGUCGCGACGGUUCUCCAUCACGUGCUGCUGCGACCCUUUUCAAGCCGGAGUGGAGGUCUGAUUUUAUUUAUUGAGAGUUACUUGCCCAUCGUUUUGCUACACACGAUGCUGGUGAGGGAGAGUGAGACGCAGCGGUCGCAACGUGCCGUGUGGUCCCGGGCUCUUGAGACGCAUCUAUUUCGACGGGCAUGUGGGUUUCUUCACAUGACUCGUUUAUUUCUACGUGCGUUAAACGUUUGUCAUUCCGUGCUGAUGACGGUGGUGCGCAGUCAUGGUGUGUGGUCCGAGAACUUGGAAAGUAACCCUCUUUCACGGAUGUCGCCAUCGGAGUUGGAAGCCGCGGCUGCCUCUCUUACGUUUCCGCUUUUUGUGCGCAGCGAGUAUGGUGAGCUUCCCGAGCUGUCGGAUGUGCGGGAUUCGUACUGGCUGUCAGACAUUGACCCACUUGUUCUUGCCUCGGCCGCCGUGACAUGCCACGAGCCACACCUCGCCGCACUCUUUACAGAACUUAGUGGGGAGUCUUUGCUUGGGCGGCGUAAGGGCAUUCCUUCUGCUGCGAUGACAAUUGUUGGCCAACCAAAGUGCUCCGUCUUAUUUCCUUCCAAACGACGACCGUCUUCCCGCGAGGAUGCAUCGAGGGAAGGCCAUCGACGGAUGCUGCGCGGGGAUGAGACGGAGGCCGAAAUGACACAGAGACUUGCCACGUACCGUGCGGCGGUGUAUGCCGUUCUUGUCGAUGUGGAGACCACAUUGCGUUUCCGUGACGGGAGCGAUAAUGGUGGCAUGGUUAUUAGCGACAGCAGGAGCAGUAGUAUUGAUGGUACCAGUGUUGGUGGGGGAGGAAGAAAUGGCUCAGCCGCUGUAGGGAACAAUAGCAGCGUCAUGCAGACGGCCGGCGAUGGUGGUGAUUUGAAUUUUUACAUGUCGCCCUGGGAGGAGGCCUUUUUUUUGCAGCACCCCGCGCGACUCAUGGAGCGCGAGAAGAGCCGUGGGAAUUGGCAUGCGGUGCUUCUCCUAAUCGACCGCAUUGAAGGGGCCAUGAGGCCAAUGCGUGUUUCUAGCGGAAUUCAUCGUUCAUAUUUUGCGUGUGGAUUCUCCAGUUCCCGUCUGUUGGUGGAGAAGGCGAACGCUCUGAUGCAGCUGGGGGCUGCGGAUACGGCAGUGCAGAUGCUUGCGGCGGCUCUGAAGCGGCAUGCUCCCCCGCUCUUAUUUGCUGCUGCCGGUGAUAAGAGGCGUGGGAAACACGAAGUAAAAGAGGAGACGGGUGCGGAGGAGGAAGAGGAGGAUUACUUCUUGCAACUACGCUCGGCACUGGCAGCCACGCUCUGGCGUCUCGGCCGCUGGGAUUUGGAUUUUCUUGAGGAAACAGAAGGAACACACCGUCAUCAUAAGCAACGUCGGGAUUUGUUACUGCCGUCUCUUGUUUCAGUGGAAGAGGGUAUUUUCUAUGCCAUGCGUGCUGCGCACCACGGCGAACACCAUAACGUACGACGGUGGACCACACAGGCGCUGCAGCGAUUGGCAUGCCAAUUUGAUGAGACGAACUGGUUUCAGUCGAUGCUGCAGGCAGAAGCACUGCAUGACAUUGAGGAGUGCGGUCGUCUUUUUUUGCGACCGCAUUCUUCUUUAUCUUCCUCCACUUCUUCCACUGUUGAGGCUAAAAGGGCAGGUGGCAUGCGGCGCCCACCACCUUGGGUACGUGCGUCCUUGGUUCAUGUGCAUGCGCCUUACCGGGAGCUGGAACUACUGGAUAGUGUGCAUCAUCGUCUUUGUGUUUUGUAUCGUCAGCCGCAAUGGUGGCUUUCGCACCUGGAAAACAGCAGUGAGCGUGCCCUGCGCAGCAACAGGCCGGUGUUAGUGCAUCAAUGGCUUUCGGCAUACAGCGAGUUUACUGGAGGGGACGUGGAGUCCCAAUGCGGCGUGAAAAAGGAGGAAAACGAGCCCUUUCAGCAAGAUGGCACAAUAUUUGAAAAGUUGAUUACAUCACAUGAGUUGCCUGCCAUUGCGUUUUUGGCGCUUGUGCAGGCACGUGCGGAGUUUGUGGGUGGUCGUCCACAUCGUGCGAUCGCCAUCCUUCAGAACACGGAAAGGAGUUCGUCGGAAGAGCCUACGUCGGUGAUGAAUGGGCUUCUUUUCCCUAUGCCAGCGAAUGCGCCGCAGAUGCCGGCCAUUGUUCAGCAACUUGUUGUGUGGGCCAGAGAGGCGCGGUUGGUGCCACUUUCUCAGCUUGUACGAGAUCCAUUCCUUCUGUUAUCUGUGAAAAAUGACCGGACGGGCGUGUGUUGUCUGCAGUUGGCCCGUUUAUGUCACACGCUUGUACGUGAUAUCACAGCACGUCUGCAUAGCGAGGAGUAUCGCAAGCUGCAGGAAAGUAUUGGCGCCUCCCAUCGUAUUCGCGUGGAGUUGGAGCAGCAGCAGCAGAUGUCUGAUGGGCUUAGCGAUGCGGAGAAGAGAAUUUUACAACGCCGCAUUCGUACAUUGGCGGUGGAGACGACACGCGAGGAGGAUGAGUGGCAGCGGGAGGUGGAGAUGUAUGCAUUAUACCGCCGCAGUGCCUUGAACGCAUAUGCACGAUUUCUAGAGCGGAGUGGGCCUGCCGAGUCGGAUAGUCUUCUUGCCGUGUUUGCCUUUGUUUCAUUGUGGCUGCAGCAGGACGAGCGACUGGACGAGCGUCGUUUAAAAGCGGCUGGCUCCGCCGCCUCGGUCACCUCCGGUAUCAUUCAGAAGGCGAUUAAAAAUGUUCCUCUACACAAGUUUUUGCCUCUCUUUUCGCAGCUUGUGGCGCAGCUUGGCACAUCGUUAGAUGACACCAACCUGGAGAGUCUUGUGCUGCACAUUGCCAUGGAGAACCCUCUGCACGCCGUGUGGCCGCUGCUUGCUCUUGCAAAUGGGGAAAAUUUUGGUCCUGCCGUUGCCACCAUGGCGCAUGGCGGUGGAAGUAGUGGCUUGCAUGUGGUGGAUGAGAAGAAAGUGACGCUUGCACGUCAAAUUCUCCGCACUCUGAAGAGUCCUACCAACCGUCAUGAUGAUGAAGAUGAAGAUGGAGCUGAGGAUGACAGAAGCACCAUGAAGGAAGAGGAGAAUAAGAAUAAGGGGAGGCGUUGUGGCUGGAGAGAAAAGAUUGUGACGGAGGCGGAGAGGCUAUCGGCGGCGUAUAUUCAAUUGGCAUUUUAUCGCGUAUAUAACAAACACAGGCCAGAUCAUCGUAUCCCAGCUGAUUUUAUGAUCAUUGAAAAGGGUGUGCGGGACCUUCUUAUUCCCCCGCCGACCUUCACACUGCCAUUAUUUUCCCUGGCGUCACGGAGUGCGUUGCCUGCACUGCUGCAGCAGUUACCCAAAAUUGUACGGUAUGAGAAUACCUUCACAACCCCGGGUGGGAUAAAUCUUCCAAAGGCCCUCCGUUGUAUGUUGAGCGAUGGCCGCAUCGUGCGUCAGUUGCUUAAAUCAGAGGAUGAUAUGCGGCAGGAUAGCCUCAUUGAGCAGGUGUUUUGUCUUUCAAACCAACUUCUUGCGCAGGAUAAAAGGACGUGUCGGUUGCAUGUCUUUACGUACAAUGUGGUUCCACUUGCCCCCACUGUUGGUAUCAUUGAGUGGGUGGAUGGGACGAUUCCACUUGGGCAGUAUCUUAAUGGUGAUCCCAACGGUGGUGGCACAAACGCCAACAGGCUGCGGUUUCAGACGGGCGCUCAUGAACGAUACUUUCCCGGUGAACCAACGACUUUGGAGUGCCGUGCGAGAUUACAGGAGGCUAACAAGUCACAGAAACAUGGUGUUCUUCUUGACUUGUAUGCGGAGUUUAGCCCGGCUUUGCAUUAUUUUUUUCUUGAGCAUUUUUUCACUCCACAGGAAUGGCUAGAACGGCGUGAGGCCUACACACGGAGUGUUGCAGCCUCCAGCAUUAUUGGCUACAUUGUCGGGCUUGGGGAUCGUCAUGGCAACAACCUCCUUCUGCACACCCAGCUGGCGGAGCUUGUGCAUAUUGACCUCGGUUUUGCCUUUGACCAGGGAAAGCAGCUUCCUGUGCCGGAGCUUGUGCCGUUUCGUCUCACCCGCAACAUUGUGGACGGUUUUGGGGUGCAGGGAACGGAGGGUUCCUUUCGACGUCAUUGCGAGGGCACAUUGGGUGUGUUGCGGGGUCAGAGGGAGCUGCUUAUGACGAUCCUUGAGGCCUGUGCCCAUGACCCACUCGCACGUUGGGCGGUGACGGUGUUGCCGCCGCAGCGGCAACAAGGACGGCCGCAAGAAAUCGCCCUGCAGGUGGGCGAGGAGGAAGAGGGGGAAGCGGUGAGGAGGACGACGCCGCGGCAACGUGACUUGGGCGUCAGCCGUGGGAAGCCAACGUACGCCGAUGCGGAACGGGUGCUCUCACAUGUUGCUGAAAAGAUUGAGGGGUACGAAUCCGGCGAACUGCUGAGUGUGCCAACGCAUGUGCACAAACUGCUGCAGACGGCUCAAAACACGGAGCUACUCGCUCAAAUGUUUGUGGGCUGGUCUCCGUGGCUGUAG